AUGCUGCGUCUUCGCGGGAGUGCGGGCGUCCGGCGGAGCUCCGCGGUCCGCAACAUGCACUCACUUCCGUCCACAGAGCUGCGCAGCCGCUUCCUACAGUUCUUCGAGAGUCAAGGCCACCGCGUCGUGCCCAGCGCGUCACUAGUGCCGCCCGGAGGUGACCAGUCUCUGCUGUUCGUGAACGCCGGCAUGGUGCCAUUCAAACAGGCGUUCCUGGGUAUUGAUGGUGGAGCAAAGGCACGCGGAUACUCCAGAGCUACUUCAGCACAACGCUGUGUACGUGCUGGUGGUAAGCACAACGAUUUGGACCAGGUGGGACUUACACGUCGCCACCAUACCAUGUUCGAAAUGCUGGGCAAUUUUAGCUUCGGCGACUACUUCAAGGAACAGGCAAUUACAAUGUGCUGGCGAUUCCUCACCCAGGAAUUAGAGCUUCCUAUUGACAGACUACACGUUACGGUACUUAAGAGCGAUCAAGAGGCUCGUCGUCUGUGGAAGCAGAUCGCUGGACUACCCGACCACAAAAUUCAGGAGCUGGACGAACACGAUAAUUUCUGGGCCAUGGGCGACUCAGGUCCUUGUGGCCCGUGCUCGGAAGUGUUCUGGGACUUAGGAGACCACAUCGCUGACCCCGACGAGCGCUUCUUGGAGCUGUGGAACCUCGUCUUCAUGCAAUUCUUCCGUAACGAAGGAGACAGCGAACUACACGCACUUCCCAACUGCUCAGUCGACACCGGUAUGGGUCUUGAGCGCGUGGCUUCUGUUCUGCAAGGAGUCCCUUCUAACUACCACACAGACGUCUUCGUACCUCUUUUAACUGAGGUAGCUACUGUACUGGACGCCAACCGGUCGUCAACCUUACGUCAAUCUUUCACUAGCGCUCUACAAGAAGAACUUGAUCCCCGUAAGAAUCUUUUCGGGACUGGUAAAGAGAUCCAAACUCUCCGCAUCGUCAGUGACCACCUUCGUGCGACCUACGCAUUGUUACAGGACGGUGUUUUCCCGUCCAACAUAGGCCGCGGCUACGUUCUUCGUCGUAUCAUCCGGCGAGCCAUCCGCCAUGCUCAGCAACUUGGCGUUCGAAGUGGUUCAGACGGCAUUCUAGCUUCGAUUGCAGUGCCAGGAUGGUCUGAGGCUGCAGGGCUCCAGCAAAUGCGAGCGAUAGUUGCCAACGAGGAACGAGCGUUUGAAGAGAUGCUUCGUAAUGGCCGUGGGGCUAUUGAAAAGGCUUUCUCCAAGACCCAAGUCAUGCUGUCAGGCGCUGAUGCCUUCCGUCUGUAUGACACAUUUGGUAUCCCUCUUGACAUCACUCAAGUGCUGGCGGAAGAAAAGGGUCUCAGUGUCGAUACCGAAGGGUAUGACGCCUGUAGGAAGAGCCACAAGCAGCAAACCAGUGACCGUAGUGUCUUCCAUACUCAAGCUUCCUCGGAACAGUCUUCGUCUACUCCAGCAGCGACCGUGGUCAGCGAGUUUGUGGGCUAUGAACAGCUCAGUGUGUCUAAAGCUCGCGUCCUGGACUGCUGGUCUGGCUCAGGCUCUGCUGGAUUCAGUGUGAUACUUGAUCGCUGUCCAUUCUACCCGGAAGGAGGAGGUCAAGUUGGAGAUCGUGGGCAUUUAAUCAACGAGGACGCCAUUGCAAUCAAGUGCACGCUACCGAAAGAUACGACGUUCGAAGACAUCUCAGCGCUAUUCCUUAAUGAAGCUACAGUGGAGGCGCAUGUGGACCGCAGAUUCCGUUCCGGUUGUGCUGUACACCACACUGCAACGCAUUUGUUGCAGCGAGCGCUCAAGGCUGAGUUGGGCGAGCAUGUGACGCAAGCAGGUUCUCAGGUUACUAGCGACCGUCUUCGCUUCGAUUUUGCCCACUUUGGAGCCUUGUCCGCUGACGAGAUGGCAAGUGUGGAAGCCAGAGUGAAUGCGUUCGCAGCUGCGGAACUGGAUGUGUCGACUGUAGAGCUGCCUCGAGAAGAUGCCGAACGCAGCGGCGCCAUUUGCAACUUCGGUGACAAGUACGGAGAUGUUGUACGCGUCGUUCGAGUCGGUGGGGAAGCUGAGACCCCUGUUUCGAGUGAGUUUUGUGGAGGGACUCACGUGAAUAAUGUACGGGAAAUUUUCCCGUUCGCAAUGGUGAGUGAAGGAUCUGUGGCUGCCGGCACGAGACGAGUUGAAGCGGUGGCAGGACACGCCGGUGCUCGGUAUUUACAAGCGAAGGCUCAGACACUAAGCGAUGUGGCCGAUCAACUGUCGACUACACCGGCCAAGGUGGUGGAGCGUGUUGCAAAGAUGCACAAGCAGAUGAAACAGCUCGAGAGUCGAGUCCAAGCUCUCGGCGACGUGCUAUCCACGCUUCCCUCUACUCCACUAGCAUCGGGAGCUAUUGACGGGGCUAUUACUGCGCCUCACGUUGAGCUGCAUGCCUUGAAUGUCCCAGGAGGCGGAGAGUUCUCCAAGGUGCUCAAGCGACGCGCUGAGUUCCUGGCCGAGCAAGCGUCGCCUAGCAGCGUGCUUGUGGUCCUGCUGGGUUGUCAGAUAGCGUGUAUAGCUAACGCUGAAGCGAAGGUGCACGCUGGAAAGCUCAUGCAACAAGUGGUCAAGUCGCUGGGCGGACGUGGAGGUGGCAACGCCAGCUUCGCGCAAGGCUCAGUUCCGGCAGACCUCACGCCGCAAGAGAUCGCUCGUCGUGUGCUUAGAUAG